UUUGCAUUGAAAUUGUAAAGUGACACUUUUUGUGUAACAAGAAAAAAAAGCUAGAAUGACACUUAUUAUGAAACAGAAGGAAGUAAAUAGUUUCUUGUUGUUUAAACAUUAAAAUUUAGUCAAAAACUAAAUUAUAUUGAAGUAUUAAAUAUGAAAAACUCCACCAGUGUGAAUGUUAUUUUAUACUCCAUGCAUUUGUUUCUUUUUUUCCCCUCAAACUUCCCAUUUAAACUUCAACAUUUUUAUAAAAUAAAAAAUGAAGAUAUUAUUCUCUUAACCUUCUAAGAUUUAUGUCCAUAUCUGAAGUAGUUACAGAUCUUGAUCUUUCUUUUUAAAUUGCAAACAAGAAACAAAAUUCUAUUGAAUUUAUUCUUCUUCUUGAUGUUGAGUCUUAAUUGCAAGAUGUUCUGGUUCUUGCUCGUUCUAGUCAUCACUAUUCUAGGACUCUUGGGUCAUAACUUCCCCUGUGUUGGGUCUAGCCCACACCGUAUUCUAGUGGACACAGAUGUCGACACAGACGAUAUCAUCGCUCUCUUGUACCUCUUGAAGCUCAACAAAUCAGAAUUCGAUCUAGUCGGGAUUACAUUGAGUGCAAAUGCUUGGACAAACGCUGGACAUGGAGUGAAUCAUGUGUACGAUUUAUUGCACAUGAUGGGUCGUGAUGAUAUUGCCGUUGGUGUUGGAGGUGAAGGUGUGAUUCUUGACGAUGGAACUAUUCUUCCCGACGUUGGUGGUUAUCUUCCCAUCAUCGAUCAGGGGAUGGCAACAGCAGGAGGAUGUAGAUACAGACAAACCAUCCCAAAAGGUCGUAAAGGUUUACUAGACAUGGACUCCAAUUAUGGAUUUCGUAAACAUUUUCUUCCUCAGGGAAACAGAAGAUACACUCCUCUCCAGCAAUCAACAGCACAAAAAGUGAUCGCCAACAAAGUUCUUGAAGGUCCAAUAAGCAUCUUCUUGAUGGGAUCUCACACCAAUCUCGCUCUCUUCGUUAUGUCAAACCCUCACCUCAAACAUAACAUACAACACAUAUACAUUAUGGGUGGUAGUGUACGGUGUCCAAACCCUACUGGAUUCUGUGGAAACUUGUUCACAGAUUUCACAAGUAAUCCUUACGCUGAGUUCAACAUCUUCGCUGAUCCUUUUGCUGCUUACCAGGUAUUUCAUUCAGGUAUUCCGAUAACUCUGGUUCCUCUAGAUGCAACCAAUACAAUACCCACCAACAAGAAGUUUUUUGAGACAUUUGAAAAGAAUCAAAGAACAUAUGAAGCUCAAUACAUUUUCAAGUCUCUGGAAAUCAUCAGAGACACUUGGUCACCCGAAGUAUUCUAUUCGAGCUACUCCAUGUGGGAUUCUUUCAUGGCUGGUGUUGCAGUUUCCAUCAUAAGAAACUCUGGUAAUAAUAACAACAAAAAUGGCGAGAACAAUUUCGCCGAAAUGGAGUACAUGAACAUAACCAUUGUUACUUCAAACAAACCUUACGGAUUACCAGACGCCUCAAAUCCAUUUUUUGACAAACAAACCACUCCAAAGUUUAACCUAACCCUUGGAGGAGUUCACAGUGGUCAUGUCCAGAGUGGUUUGAAGGAUCCAAUCUGCAUGCAGAGAAGAGACAAAGGAAACUGCAAGGAUGGUUACACACAAGAGACCUCUGGACCUGAUUCAGUUCAAGUCCUUGUCGCCACACGAGCUAAACAAAACAAGAACUAUAAAAGUGAACUGGAUAGAGAGUUCUACGUCGAUAUCUUGGAAGUUUUGAAUAGGCCUGAAGAAACAGGGAGGUUUAACUUAUCAACUCAGUUUCCAUACUAUAGAGAAGAACGGUUCACACCAGACGUUAGCACUACACAGCUCGGCAAGCCUGUUAUUUUUGAUAUGGACAUGAGCGCAGGAGAUUUCCUCACUCUCUUCUAUCUCCUCAAAGUUCCUGUGGAGAUUAUAGAUUUGAAAGCAAUUAUUGUCAGCCCUACCGGUUGGGCUAACGCAGCGACAAUAGAUGUGGUCUACGAUCUGCUUCACAUGAUGGGACGUGACGACAUACCAGUAGGUCUAGGAUACUUGCUAGCACUGAACCAGUCUGACCCAACAUCUCCAUCCGUUGGAGAUUGCUUGUAUGCCAAGGCCAUUCCACAAGGCUGUGGCGGUUUUCUUGAUUCCGACACUCUCUAUGGCCUUGCUCGUGACCUCCCAAGAAGCGCUCGUAGAUACAUUGCAGAGACCUCAGUGGCACAUGGAGCUCCGAGGAACACUGAUAGUCCUGAACUUAGACAACCUCUGGCACUUGAAGUUUGGAAAUAUCUGACCAAAUCUGUUAAUGAAGAGUCUAAAAUCACUGUACUAACCAAUGGACCAUUGACUAGCUUAGCCAAGAUCAUCUCAUCAGAUAAAAACUCAACCUCACUUAUCAAGGGAGUUUACAUAGUGGGAGGACAUAUAAACAUUAACAAAUCAGACAAAGGGAACAUAUUCACGGUUACUUCAAAUGCAUACGCCGAGUUCAAUAUGUUUCUUGAUCCUUUAGCAGCUAAGGCUGUUCUCGAAUCCGGUCUAAACAUCACACUCAUCCCUCUAGCCACCCAACGCAACUUGACUUCUUUCCACAUGAUGCUCAACAGUCUCAACUCUACGGUUCAAACACCUGAAUCUCAGUUUGUGCACCGGUUGCUCGACAGACUACAUGCUCUCCAUCAGGAUCACAUGAGCUACAAGCAUGUGGGGAUGUUCUUAGGAGAGAUUGUUGGAGCAUUGUUCUUGGGAGGAGACCAUGCAGUGUUGAAGCCAAAACUACGAGAUGAGCAAGUUAAAGUGAUCGCAGAAGGGUCUGAAUCGAAAGACGGUCAAAUACUGAUCGAUAAACUGCAUGGAAGACGAGUACAGAUUCUAGAAAGCAUCGAUUCAAGAGGCUGCUAUGAGAGUUUCGCUUCAAAGCUCAAUGACAAGAGACAAUCUGCAGUCAUAGGAAGCUUUGAAGAACAAAGAAAGAAAUGGAUCACAUCACCUAGCAGAACACUAAGAAGAAAGAAACGGACCACACCGCCUAGCAGAACGCUUAGAAGGAAGAAAUGGAUCACAUAACCAAUAAAGGAUCUGAGUAAGCAUGUGCUUACAUAUUAUUCUCUAGAAAUUUUGCUGUAUUGGCCGAAAAAUAUUAUUUAGCAAUUUUAACAGAAAAAACAUGAAUUUGCAGUUUUAAAAGAAAAUUCAAUUUCAAGAUUUUUGUAAAGAAAAUAUCUAAUAUUAAUAAUUAAUAUAAACUAGUUGUUUUUCUAUUUAUAUUGAAAGAUAUUUAAAACUUUUAGAUUUUGAGAUGCAAAUGCUACAUCCAAACUGUACUUUUGUUUCAUCUCAAAUAUCAAUUUUUUUUUAUGUUGUGUAUUUUGUUUCCAGAUUCAGCAUUUAGAGCUGAUGCAAUGUGUCCAAAUGAACAAAUAUUUACAUCUAGAUGCAUGGCCUAAGUAUAUGUGUUUACAUAUUAUUCUCUCGAGGUAACUGUUGUAGUUAUGCAUAUUCCAGUUAGAAUAAGUUCACCAACGA